AUGGCUGGGUUCAGUUAUACUGGUGCCGGUGAUACCGUUCGGUGUGAAGCAUGUCAAUUAGAAGUAUCUGGAUGGACUCAAGAUAUGGUACCAAAGAUUGUGCAUGCUGAACGUAAUCCUAAUUGUCCAUUUGUAUGUUCUGCUCUAGUAAACCCUUGCAUGGAGCCAAAGGAUCAAGAAAAUCCUAUAAAACGUCAAAAAAUAGAAUCAAAUUCAGAUCAAUGUAAAUAUAAUUGUAAAUUGUGGGAAUUAAAUAAACUCAAGCACAUACGACGUCGAACAUUUUCUCAUUGGUCUCAUCAAAUAAAGCCAUCUGCUGAAAAAAUGAUCAAUGCUGGUUUUUUUUCAUGCAAUGUUGGUGAUCGUGUUAUUUGUAUAUAUUGCAAUUUGAUUUGUCAACAGUGGAAAGCAGAUACCGAUGAUCCAUCUGAAGUUCAUAAAACUCUUUCACCUACGUGUCCAUAUGUUCUAUCAAUAAUAAUACAACCGGAGCGAUCAUCUUCUGUGAUAUUAAAUAAAAUAUCAACAAAUAAUCGGAAUAGUCAAAUCUUUGAUUCAACUAAUGCUGCACAAAUUCAAUCUGAUCAAAUUGUUAAUACAACGCCGUAUAAUCCUGCAUACAAUGAGAUUACAAAACGUCUACAAUCAUUUACAACAUGGUCUCAUAAAUCCUCACCAUCAGUAGAUGAACUAGUUCGAGCUGGCUUUUUUUAUACCGAGCGUAAUAGAACUAAUCGACCAAAUGAGACAAGAGAAAAUGGUAAUCUACUAGUUUCAAAUCAAUUACAAGUAAAUGAUUCUAAUAUCUUAUCACGUUUUGUUGCUGCUCGUCUUGAUUUAUCAAGUUCGCAAAAUUUACUUAAUCAAAACUUUAAGUUAUCAGUUAUAAAACGAUGUUGGGAAGAUCAAUUACAAUUAAAAAAAGACGAUUUUUUCACCGACGCUGAUCUGUUAAUAGCUUGCACUAUUCUACAAAAGCAAAUCGAUCAUAUCCAAGGCAAUAAAGAAAAUAUUAUUAUUCCUAGUAUUCAGAUGAGUUUAAUUCAUGAGAGAAAACAAUCUGGUUUAUCAUCUUUAUCAACACACGCAAACAAUAACAAUGUAGGAGUAUUACAAAAUCAAUUAGUUCCUGAAACAUCUAAAAUAGAAUUGACAACAACAACAACAACAACAACAACAACAACUACUACUACUACAAACAAAAACAAUUCAGCAGUGUCAGAAACAAAUUCUACUAAAAUUUCAUCAAUAGUUAAUCCUUGUAUUAUUUGUCAUCAAGACGAGAAACAACUCGCCUGUAUCCCAUGCGGCCAUUUAACGACAUGUGUGUCCUGUAGUCAUACACUUCGAACAUGUCCAAUAUGUCGAAGACAAAUCGAAGCAUUCGUUCGUGUUUAUAUUUAA